AUGGAUCAGCCACCACAAGAUAAUCAGGCCACAACGGCGCCCCCUCCAACAGAACACCUGAAUAUCAAAGUGACCGACAACAACAAUGAGGUUUUCUUUAAGAUCAAGCGCACGACACAACUCAAAAAACUAAUGGAAGCGUUCUGCACGCGACAAGGCAAAGAUAUCUCGGCAGUGCGCUUUCUGUUUGAUGGAACUCGGGUCCGACAGGAUGACACACCAGAUACUCUCGAUAUGGCCGAUGGCGAUACCCUAGAGGUACACCAAGAACAAGUUGGUGGCUAA